UGCAUGGCUUCUUCUUCUUUUCUCCUUUUUACUCUUUAUUUCCCUUUCUUUUUCAUACCAUCUGCUCUUCUUCUACGGGGUCCUUCAAUCUCAUUUGGGGGUACCCCCGUGCAUUAAUUUCUUCAAUCCUUGUUCAUUCAUGUUGUCAUUUGUUCUUGGAUGAGAAUAGUUUUACUUGCUCCCCCUCCUUCUUGGACAUUCCUCAUCAUUUGAUUCUUGAUCCUAACAAGAAUGAAUUGCUUUCCCUGUUUUUCCAAGUCCAAGAGAUGCAAUAGCAAGAGGGAGCAGGGGGCAACAUCACAUGAAAACGUCGUAACAACAAAAACACCAGAUGUAAGGAAACAAAAGCCAGAUGAACCGAACCAGGUUGACACUUCAAGCAUUCAAGCACAGAAUUUCACUUUCCGUGAGCUUGCAAUUGCAACAAAAAAUUUCAGGCAAGAGUGCUUGAUGGGUGAAGGUGGCUUUGGCAGAGUUUACAAAGGAACCAUUCCAGCAACAGGACAGGUAGUAGCAGUGAAGCAACUUGACCGAAAUGGCAUGCCGGGCAGCAAGGACUUUCUGGUUGAGGUUUUGAUGUUAAGUCUUUUGAACCAUGAAAAUCUUGUCAAACUCACCGGUUAUUGUGUUGAUGGUGAUCAACGUCUUUUGGUGUAUGAAUUCAUGCCUGGGGGUUCUUUAGAGAGCCGUCUUCUUGAGCGAGGACCUGAUGUACCUUCGUUAGAUUGGUACAGCAGAAUGAAAAUAGCAUCUAACGUUGCGAAAGGGUUGUGGUACUUACAUGACAAGGCCAAUCCCUCGGUUAUAUACCGGGACUUGAAAUCGUCGAACAUCUUACUGGACAAUGAUCUCAAUGCAAAACUAUCUGAUUAUGGACUGGCCAAACUUGCUGGUAAAGAUAAGAUGAACAUUGUGCCUACAAGAGUUAUGGGUACAUAUGGUUACAGUGCUCCAGAGUAUGUGAGAACAGGUAACCUCACAUUAAAAUCAGAUGUGUUCAGUUUUGGGGUUGUCUUGCUAGAGCUCAUAACUGGAAGAAGAGCCAUUGACACCACAAGACCUCAUGAUGAGCAAAACCUAGUUUCAUGGGCACAACCAAUAUUCAGGGAUCCAAAAAGAUAUGCAGAUAUGGCAGAUCCACAUCUGGACAAAAAUUUCCCAGAAAAGGAUCUCAAUCAAGUUGUUGCAAUUGCAGCCAUGUGCUUGCAGGAGGAAGCAGCAGCUCGUCCUUUGAUGAGUGAUGUUGUAACUGCUCUGAGUUUUCUUAACACAACUCCUCCAGAGGUUGUUCCUACCCCUCUCCAGCCUGCCAAUUCGGCCUCUCAUAAGAGUGCUGCUAGUGAAAGUGAAAGUGAGAGUGAAAGCGAAAGUGAGAGCGAGAGCGAAAGUGACGCAGGAAAUGGUAAGGACAACCACAGUUCCAAUGUUCAAAAUGAGGCUGCAGCUAGUGCAAAAUUCCUAGAGAAUGAGGUCUCAGAAGCUGAAUAUGAUUACUAUGGGAAUGAAAACCAUCAUGAUUAUAGUCCACAGGAUGCGCAACAAACCAAGGAGUUUUACUCCAAAUCAAGCCGCAAAAGCAGCACCAAAUCACGGACUUCUGGCCGCAGAAGCAGCACUAGUUCAGAAAAUGGAAGUGGUAGGAAGAAAAAGCAUGGUUUAAGCCAGAAGAGCAGCAAGAAAUCUUCUGGGAGAGAUUUAAGCCAGAAGAGCAGCAAAAAAUCUUCUGUCAAAGUUUUAAGCCACAAGGAAAGUAAAGAAUCAGAGGAUGGAAGUCAUUCAUACCAUACUCAUGGAAAUGUUUCCACAAGCCGGCACAGUAGCAGCAGCAGCAGCAGUGAGGAGUCACAAGAUGAAGGUGUUCGUUAUGAUCGUGGUGAUAGCAGGCCAUCACUAGGGACUCCAUCUUUUGGCCUAUUCAGCACUGACAGUGUCCACUAUGAGGAAGGGAGCAGUACACAUUCAUAUCAUAAUUUUGAUCAUCCCAGCAUGGGAUUUGAAGAUCAUGGAAGUUUUCACUAUUUCGAACAUUCCAGCAGCAAGGGAUCAGAUAAGAGCAGUGUCCAUUCACGAUAGGAUUAUCACUUAUCAAUCCGUUGUUGAGCGAGACAAGAUUAAUAGCAUGUUUGGAUCAUCCUCUCUUUCUUCAUAAUCAAUCCUGUCACCUAGAAGAUACACAAAGAAGCUUCUCUCCAGAAUUGGUUUUGGCUGCAAAAUCAAUUUUAGAAAGAUUUUCAAACAUGGUAUCCUCAAAAUCAAAACUUGAAACUCCAGCAUCCAUAUAUACAAUAUAUAUACUUGUUUUGUUUAGUA